UCUCUCUAAUUCUUCUCCGAAACAGAAGCUGCUGCAUAAAUAAAUACUCGACUUUCAAUUUUUUAAAAGAGACGGCUAGGGUUUAUUGCUUCUCUCUACAAUGGCGUUGUAUCUUCUUUCCGAAUCAGCCUCCGGCUUCGGACUGUACUCGGCACACGGUAUAGAUGAGAUUGGACAGAACGCGGAGGCGGUUCGGAGCUCCGUCUCGGACCUUAGUCGGUUCGGGCGGGUCGUCCAGCUCACUGCGUUUCAACCGUUCCAGUCUGCACUCGAUGCUCUCAACCAAACCAGCGCCGUCUCUGAAGGGUAUAUGAGUGAUGAGCUGAGAAGUUUUCUGGAGCUGAAUCUCCCGAAAGUGAAGGAAGGGAAGAAGCCCAAGUUUAGUUUGGGAGUGGCUGAGCCAAAAAUCGGGUCUUGCAUAUUUGAAGCCACUAACAUUCCUUGCCAGAGCAAUGAGUUCAUCCAUGAGCUUCUUAGAGGUGUGCGCCAGCAUUUUGAUAGGUUCAUCAAAGACCUAAAGCCUGGUGAUUUGGAAAAAGCUCAACUUGGACUAGCUCACAGUUACAGUAGAGCAAAGGUGAAGUUCAAUGUUAACCGGGUGGAUAACAUGGUUAUUCAAGCUAUUUUCCUACUUGACACGCUUGAUAAGGAUGUCAAUUCCUUUGCUAUGAGAGUCAGAGAAUGGUACUCGUGGCACUUCCCUGAACUUGUCAAGAUAGUCAAUGAUAAUUACCUUUAUGCCAGAGUUUCAAAGAUUAUCGAGGACAAGUCGAAGUUGUCUGAAGAGCAUAUCCCAAUGCUUACUGAAGUCUUGGGGGAUGAAGAUAAGGCAAGAGAGGUUGUUGAAGCUGGAAAAGCAUCCAUGGGCCAGGAUUUAUCACCCGUUGAUCUGAUCAACGUCCAGACCUUUGCUCAGAGAGUUAUGGACCUCGCUGAUUACAGGAAGAAGCUCCAUGAUUAUCUUGUUACUAAAAUGAGCGACAUUGCUCCAAAUUUGGCAGCCUUGAUCGGAGAGAUGGUUGGUGCUAGGUUGAUUUCACAUGCAGGAAGUCUUACAAAUCUUGCCAAGUGCCCAUCGUCAACUCUCCAGAUUCUCGGUGCUGAGAAGGCUCUUUUCAGGGCGCUGAAAACACGUGGAAACACACCCAAAUAUGGUCUUAUAUUCCAUUCGUCAUUCAUCGGGCGUGCAUCUGCCAAAAACAAGGGCCGUAUUGCUCGUUACCUUGCAAACAAGUGUUCCAUUGCAUCCCGGAUUGAUUGUUUCGCUGAUAGCAGCACUACAGCUUUCGGUGAGAAACUAAGGGAGCAAGUGGAGGAACGACUUGAGUUUUAUGACAAAGGUGUUGCCCCACGUAAGAAUGUUGACGUAAUGAAAGAAGUGCUGGAAAAUCUUGAAAAGAAAGACGAGGGAGAAGCAACAGUAGAAGUCUCAGAGAAGAAAAAGAAGAGAAAGACAGAGGACAAGGAAGAGGAGAAAUCAAAGAAAAAGAAGAAGAAAAGCAAAGCAGUAGAAGAAGAGGAGUUGACAACAACAGAUAAUGGUGACAGCAAGAAGAAGAAGAAGAAGAAGAAAACCAAGUCACAAGAUGAUGAAUAAACAAACAAGUCUGAGUAGUAGUAAUGCACUAGUUUUUAGUUUUCUUUCUUCCACAUAGCUUUUGAUUACUAAUUUACUAUUGAGCCUGUCUCAAACUAGUUCUUUUUCCCCACAUGGCUCUGUUUUUGACUUUAAAACAGCUUUUAAACAUGGAGAAAUUAUAUAUCAGAUUUUCAGGUUGGUUAUUAUUAAUU